UCUGUCAGCUGUAAUAGAUCGUCCUGAGAGGAGAGCCAGCUGAUCAUGGAGUCUGGAACGAACAGGAUAGGACGUAAGUUUCACUUUGUAAAGAAGGAGCAUCUGAAGCUGGAUGAUCUGAGAAAGAGAAAGCGCUCAGGAAACGAUUACCUCUUUAUAAAUGACAGAAUCCCUGAAUACCCGCGACCAGAGAUCCUUGUGAGCCACCUGAAGCACAACACCAACAGACAGGGUUUGGAAGGCAUCAAGGAGUCCGGAGGCUUCAAGGGAAAACAAGACCUGGUGUGGUGGGGUCUGUCGGUGGGGGGGGAGGAACUCAGAUCAGCUGAGCAGCGCCUCCUCCAGGAAACAUACCCGGACCGAACAGAGCAGCAGGUCCAGGAUCAGCAGAGCUUCCUGGGGGAGUUUGCCUCCUCGCCGGCCUUCAAGAAGAGCUCCAGGCUGGGAUCAUACCGCUUCACCUUCCCCCUUCAGGAGCUGCUGGAGGCCUACAGUCUGCAGUUUUGCGGCGGUGAGCAGCCCCUCAUGCGGGUGUAUGAGACCCAACUGUACAGACAGGAAGUGAUGUACGCGGUGCUGGUCCACAGUCCGGCCAAUCAGGAGCAGUUCUCUGAAUAUCCUCUUCUGACCGACGACCCAAACGCUGUCUGCUGCUACAGAGAUGGCCGCUUCAUCUGGAGGCCUGAGGCCAUGUGUGAAACUCACAGACUCAAGUUGUUCCGGAACGAUGAGACUCGGCAGAUGGAGGUUCUGCCCUGCUGCCCUAAAGAGUUCUAUGUCUGGGAUAAUGUGGGCAUCGCUCUGCAUGUGAAGGAGGACAAGCUGCUGGAGUUCGGUCCGGUCCGACUGAGAGAGAAACUGAAGUUCUGCGAAGGAGAAAUACUCAAAACACAGGUCCAGUUUGGAGACAGGCUUCUCUACCCUCAGGUCCAGUUUGAUGAAUUCCUGUUAGCCGAGGCGACUGUUCGGAGUCUUUGGCCUGAAGACCCCUCCCCACUGGAGAGAGAUGAAGACCCCUCCCCACUGGAGAGAGAUGAAGAGCAGGACAUUAAUAAAGCAGAAUAGAUGAAUCAGAGUUUAGAUAAGCACAUCCUGCCUUCACUGAACUAACAUUACAUUCAGAGUUGGAGCUAUAUAUUGGUUUAUGUUAUU